AUGGCUGGCCGACGCUUCCCGCCCGGCCAGGGCAGUGCGUCGCAGCAACAGCAAGCCUCCGAAUAUGGCGAGGAAUGGGCUCGCGACUUGAGGAUCCAAUUCGAAGGUCUACUCCGUGACAAGCGAAUGGACGACCUCCGGUCGUCCUCAUCCCGGCGAGGCACCCCUCAACCACGCGAGCGAGCGAGCAGCGCCAACCUACGCAGCCCUGCACCGGCCAUGUCCAGCCGCCCGACGACAUCCUCUGGAUCGACGAUACCUCCGUCCUAUUCCUCCAUACGCAAUCUCCCCAAGAUCCCAACACCGCCCGCAGCACACGAUCGCGACUCGCAGAAGUUUAGGAAUCUCUUGGUCAGCCUCUCUCUGACCCCAACAAAGUACGAAAACCCUGGUCUCUUGGACGAAGCCCUCCAAGUCAUUCCACUCGACCAGAUCUAUGGCGAGGCCGAAGAAGAGCACCAGGUCAUGCAGGCUGAGGCCAUGAGCCUAGGUGAUGGGUCGAGAGCCACAUGGGGCUAUCAAGAUUGCGUCAUCCGAGCACUUCUUAGGUGGUUCAAGCGUCAAUUCUUCACAUGGGUCAACAACCCACCUUGCCCUGUCUGCAUGUCACCCACUAUCGCACAGGGCAUGACGGCACCGACCCCCGAUGAGAGUGCUUGUGGUGCCAUGCGAGUCGAAUUGUAUCGCUGCUCGGCCGGAAACUGCGGGGCCUUCGACCGAUUUCCCCGGUACGGUGACGUCUGGAGGUUACUGCAGACGCGCCGAGGCCGUGUCGGCGAAUGGGCCAACUGCUUCAGCAUGCUUUGCAGGGCGGUUGGCGGCCGUGUACGCUGGGUGUGGAACGCCGAGGACCAUGUUUGGACUGAGGUCUACUCCGAUCACCAGAAGCGAUGGGUUCACGUCGAUGCCGUAGAGGAGGCAUGGGAUAACCCUCGCCUCUACACAGAAGGCUGGGGCAAGAAGAUGUCGUACUGCAUCGCCUUCUCCAUCGACGGCGCCACCGAUGUCACCAGACGCUACGUCCGCAAGGCCGACUUUGCCAACGAACGCAACCGAUGCCCUGAAGAGGUUCUGCUCUACAUCACACAGGAGAUUCGAAACAUCCGAAGGCAAAACAUGGGCAAGGACGAACGGUUCCGCCUGGAGAAGGAGGACGCACGCGAAGACCGUGAGCUCCGCAACAAUGUCAUUCGCUCCAUCGCCCAGGCCGUCACUGAGCUCGUUCCUGGCGUUCCCAGCGUACCGAGCUUGCCUGCUGCCCAAGAGCAGAGCCCUCAACGCAGGGCCCGCAAUGACGAGACGAAACUCCCCGCAGAACAGCCCGGUCGCCAGACUGGAUCGGCCGAAUACCUCGCUGCCCGAGGCGAACAAUUCCCUCCACGCGAUCCCAACCAGCGCCGCGACCGACCCUGA